GAGUGAGAGAGACAGAGAGCAAAAAAAGAGAAAGGGAAAGAACUGUUUGUUUGGAAGCUGUGUCUCCUUGUCUGUGCCUGCUGUGUCUCUGCAUUGAGGAACCAAACAGCCUCUGAGGAGUUUAUUACCCCUUCUACCUGGUUCACCUUGUUGGCUGUAAAAAGCUUGGAAUAAAACCUGUGUCACGGAAUUAAAAGAGAGAUUGCUAAAGAGCUAAACUGAGGAUGAUGGCAUUUUAGAUAAAGCAUGGCCCAAUAUGUCAGAAGAGCAGGACUACACUAUAUUCUUAAUUAGACUUCACUAGAUUCUUGUUCUUGAGUGAGAGAAGCUGAUAUCCAGAGUUAAGCAUCUAAGACACAGAACGGCUGCACUGCAGUUUCAGUGUUGCUCGUUUUGAGCACAGCGAGAGAGGGGGAGAGCGAGAGAGAGAGAGAGAGAGAGGAGACAGCAAGAGAAGGGAAGCGAUCACUACUGGCCUCCUUUGAAUUGAAAAAGAAGAAAAUCAGAAACUGCUUUCUUCCUCUACGUGGUACUGAAGGACCUCUCUGACUUCUUUAACAGAAAAGCAUGCAAGACAGAGUGCUGCUGGACCUUGCGGCCAUUCACAAAGUGUGAUACCUAUUACAAAGCUCCCCUUGAAGCUCAACUCAGUCAGGAAUUAACAGCAGUGGAGCCUGGUCAGGACCAACUAAGCCUGGAGUGCGAACAGGGCCUACGGCAGGUAGGAACAGACACCCUCCCCGGUACAAAGAAUAUUUCACUGACUUCAUCUGAUCAGUGGAACAGGAAUCCCACAGAGCACUGCUUCCAGUUCACCUUGACCCAAGUGCAUGAUUGAAGUGGAAAAAAGAUACCUGGAAGGACCAAUCAGUGCCAAGGAUCUCUGCUUCCUGCCACCAUCAGACUCCGGUAACAGGUAGGAUGGUGGCUGGGGAGGCUAGUGUGCACAGCUCCCUGGUGGCUUGCUGGCAGCCCAUUCUGCUCCUGAUGCUGGGUACUGUUCUGUCAGGCUCAGCCACAGGCUGCCCAGCUCGCUGUGACUGUAAUGCCCAGGAGCGAUCGGUGCUGUGCCAUCGCAAACGGCUGAUGACCAUACCUGAGGGCAUCCCAACUGAGACGCGCCUUCUGGACCUCAGCAAAAAUCGCAUCAAGACCAUUAACCCAGACGAGUUUGCACCCUUUCCCCAUCUGGAGGAACUGGAGCUCAACGAGAAUGUCAUCUCCACCAUCGAGCCUGGGGCCUUCAACAACCUCUACGGCUUGAGGACGUUAGGGCUGCGCAGCAACAAGCUGAAGCUCAUUCAACUGGGGGUUUUCACAGGGCUGAGCAACCUCACCCAACUGGACAUUAGCGAGAACAAAAUUGUCAUACUGCUGGACUAUAUGUUCCAGGACCUUUAUAAUCUUAAGGCUCUGGAGGUGGGGGACAAUGACCUAGUGUUCAUCUCCCACCGAGCCUUCAGUGGCCUCACCAGCCUGGAGCAGCUGUCCCUGGAGAAGUGCAACUUGACCUCUAUCCCCACGGAAGCACUCUCCCACCUCCAUGGCCUGAUCGUGCUCCGGCUGAGGCACCUCAAUAUUAACGUGGUCAGGGACUAUUCCUUCAAGCGGCUAUACAAGCUCAAGGUCCUCGAAAUCUCCCACUGGCCGUUCCUGGACACCAUGACCUCCAACUGCCUGUAUGGCCUCAACUUGACCUCCCUUACCAUUACGCAUUGUAACCUUACCACCAUCCCUUACGUGGCUAUCCGCCACUUGGUCUACCUGCGCUUCCUGAAUUUAUCCUUUAACCCAAUCCACACAGUGGAAGGAGACAUGCUCCACGAAUUGCUUAGGCUCCAGGAGUUUCACUUAGUGGGUGGUCAAUUGGCCACUAUAGAGCCUUACUCCUUCAAGGGGCUGAACUACCUACGGAUCCUCAAUGUCUCAGGCAAUUAUCUCUCCACGCUGGAGGAGUCUGCCUUCCAUUCAGUGGGCAACUUGGAGACCCUUAUCCUGGAUAACAAUCCUCUGGCUUGUGAUUGCCGUCUACUGUGGGUCUUCCGUCGCCGCUGGAGGCUCAAUUUCAACCGGCAGCAGCCUACCUGCUCCGCACCAGAGUUUGUCCAGGGCAAAGAGUUUAAGGACUUCCCAGACAUACUCCUGCCCAAUUAUUUCACCUGCCGUAAAUCCAGAAUCCGGGAACGGAAGCCCCAGCAGGUGUUUGUGGACGAGGGUCACACUGUUCACUUUGUGUGCCGGGCAGAUGGGGAUCCAGUACCCGUGAUAAGGUGGGUGUCCCCUCGCAAGCACCUAAUCUCAGCAAAGACCAACGGGCGUCUGACAGUGUUCCCCGAUGGCACACUAGAGGUGCGUUAUGCCCAGAUACAGGACAAUGGCACCUAUGCUUGCAUCGCCAGCAAUGCGGGAGGCAAUGACACUGUGGUUGCCCAUUUACAUGUCCGCAGUUACUCUCCAGAUUGGCCCCACCAGCCCAACAAGACCCUGGCCUUUAUCUCUAAUCAGCCCAAUGAGAAUGGCUCCAAUGAGACACGAGCCACUGUUCCCUUCCCGUUCGACAUCAAGACACUGAUAAUUGCGACCACCAUGGGCUUCAUUUCCUUCCUUGGGGUGGUGUUAUUCUGCCUGGUCCUCCUCUUCCUCUGGAGCAGGGGCAAGGGCAACACCAAGAACAACAUUGAAAUUGAGUAUGUGCCCCGCAAGUCUGACGCCGGCAUGAGCAGCAGCACAGCCGAUGCUCCUCGCAAGUUCAAUAUGAAGAUGAUAUGAUAGGCCAAAGGCAUGGAAGGAAGGAAUGGAAAAAUGUAAAACAACCCCUCCCUAACAGCCCGACUCCCAGGAUGUUAUUCUCAACAAAAAGAACGAUCCUAACUUCGAAGCUGGGAUGGCGAUGUUUGUUGUUGUUUUUUUUUUGUUUUGAUUUGUUCAUUCAAUCCUCCCUGGAUGUUUAAUCAAGACUUAUUACAGAUGGGCCACCUUGGACCACUUCUUUGAAACCGAACUUUGUGUACUGGAUUCAGACGUGGAUUUUUAUGGAAAAAAAAGGAAAUUAAAAAACAAUUAAAUGAACCGUUUUAAAGUUUCCUAUCAUUAGCCGGAAUGCGAGAGGCAGAUCUCUCCCUGCAGAGUCUUAUGCCUUUAUUUAUUUAUUCCAUUUUUUUAACUAAAAAAAGAUAAUUUGUUUUAUGGAAAUGAUAACUAGGUAGUAUCUUUGAAUAGGGGUUGGUGAACACAUAGCUUCAUUCUUGAAAGUUGAGUCUUUUCUACGUGAACAUUUGUUUUUAACAGAGAAAUAUCUUUUCACCUAUAUUUUCAUUGACAGAAAGAGUACUGUGCAGUAGUAGUGAUAUCACAAAGAUUUAUUGGGCUCCAACAAAGGCGGGGAGCCAGUAUCAACACUGUAAAAAUAGAUAUUAUAUACAGUAUAUAAAUAUCUCCCCCUUUCAACAUAGAACUGUUUUACAUAAUAUUUUAAGGUCUGCUUUUAAACAUUCUCUUAUUUUGUAGAGUUUGAAUUUAUUUAAAAAUGAGAAAUACUUCCAUCUCUAUAACAGUCAAAGACUGUUUCAUUAACUGCAAGCUUGAUUUAAUUAAUCAAAUAAGGUUGUUCACAAAAGAUUCCUUAAAACAGUUAGAGUAUUCAAGUUUUGGUGCGCAGAGCCCAAUAUUUCAUAUUACACACUGACAUAUAAUUUCAGGUGACCAGCAAUACCUCUAAUACAGUGACCAGUAGUCAGUUUGUGCAGUUUGCAAGACGAAGGGAGAGCUGGAGUCUUUAUUUUAAGCUCUGUUCAACAAAAGGUCAUGUGUUCACUUACCCACGGAGCAGUAUCAGAUUAAUACUACCUUUUGACCAGGAAUAUUUUCCAAAAAGUGUGACAGAAUAAAAAUGUCUUAACAAAACAUGUAUAGUAUUUCUGUUUGACCCCCAUCCAUGAAAAGAAAAUCUUACAUUUACUAGAAUUUGAGUCGUGUCCAUAUUAUUAUUUGUUUCUGAAAAUAAGGUUGCAAAAAUCUAAAGUGUUUUAAAAUGAUGUUUAUGUACCAACCGGAAUAAAGAGCACACCCACAGUGAGCCUGUAUAAUAUGAGUAGGGGGUCGUGGCAGGCUGUUAGCAUUUUUGGCCCAAGGUGGCUGAAGCAUAAAAGCCAUUAAACAGCUAGUUGCCAUAAUUUGGUAUACCAAAGGCUCACUUUGUCACAUGUGUAAUUUACUCUGGUUCUGCCUACUUUCCUGUGGGAAGCAGCUCCUACUAGACAUGCAAAAAUGAAGGAAUUGGAAACUUUUUUAUGUUAACCCAGGAUUACAAUGAACUUCUUUUAAUUAAAAAAAUAAUAAUUAAUGUGCUGUGCAAUAAAGGUAAUAUGCAGAUUUCUUUUUUUUUUUUUUUUAAAUCAACACAAUUUUCUUGGUGUUAAAUUGUUUGAUGAAAAUAUGGUAUGUUGUAUUAAACAUCUAUGGCGUUUUUUUUUUUAA